AUGAAUAUAUUGAAAAUGCAGAACCGCUCUCUCAUCAUUUCCAGCAAGCAGUGCCAAUACCAGUCGCCCGUGUUCCAGAGGAAUGCCUCCGACCCGGAAGAAUUUGAUUUUGAUGCUGGACAAACAUGGAUUUACCCCACCAACCUCCCUGUUCGAGAUUACCAAUUUUCCAUUGUGAAGGAAGCCCUGUUUAAGAACACUUUGGUCGUCCUUCCAACAGGUCUGGGGAAAACGUUCAUUGCUGCUGUGGUUAUGUUCAAUAUUUACCGUUGGUACCCCAAGGGGAAAAUUGUCUUCAUGGCACCCACAAGGCCUCUGGUUGCCCAACAAAUUGAGGCAUGCUUCAAAGUGACUGGAAUACCACAAGAAGAUACAACACAAAUGACAGGAACUAAUGUGUCAGAGCAGAGAAAGCUGAUGUGGCAGAAGAAACGAGUCUUCUUUCUGACUCCACAAGUUCUGGCCAAUGAUUUGGUUCGAAAUAUAUGCCCUGCAGCAAGCAUAAAAUGUGUUGUUGUAGAUGAAGCUCACAAAGCUUUAGGAAACCAUUCCUACUGUCAGGUGAUUCGAGAGUUAUGUUCAUUCACUACCAAUUUUCGAGUGUUGGCACUGACUGCAACUCCAGGAAGUGAAACUCAGUCAGUGAAACAAGUUCUUGCAAACCUCCUAAUUUCGCACGUUGAAAUGCGAACAGAAGACAGUGAGGACGUGAAGCAGUAUUCCCACAUCCGAGAUACGGAGAAAAUAAUUGUUCCCCUGGGAGAAGCACUGAGUAAUUUGAAAGGCAAAUUUCUUGAUAUCAUCCAUGGCUAUUUGAAGCGUUUACAGCGUAGAAAUGCGAUGGGUCCCAAGAAUCCAUCAUCCCUGUCGAAAUUCCAGAUGCUUAAGCUCCGAGAAGCUUUCAGCCAGCAACCACCUUCAGCCAUCUCUCGACAUGAAUAUGGUCUCAUUAUGGCAGAUUUCUCACUCUGCAUCAGCCUCUAUCAUGCUUUUGAGCUUCUCUUGCUCCAUGGGACUCGUUCCUUUUAUAACUUUUUAAUUGGAAUUGUAAAUGGGGAAAAAUCCAUACCUCAUGCUCGAUCCGAGCUAUCAAAGAAUUUUUGUUUUGAAGAAGUAAUGCAAGAAAUUAAAGAAAAGUACAUUGGUGACUCUGAAGGGACAUCACAUGUGAGUGCAUUGUUUUUAAGGUUACUUCCAAGUCAUCCAAAAUUAGUAAAAUUACAAGAAAUUGUGCUUGAACAUUUCAGAGUCCUCGAAGCAGAUAAUGUGCAGCAAACAAGGGUUAUGAUCUUUUCCCAGUACAGGGACAGUGUCCAGGAGAUAACAGAGCUACUGAGCAGGCAUGAGCCUGUGAUCAAAGUGAUGAGCUUUCUUGGACAGGCUGCAAAAGUUGGCUCUAGCACUGCUUUCACCCAGAAGCUGCAGCUACAGGUUAUUGAAAAGUUUCGUACAGGAGGCUACAAUACUCUAGUUGCUACCUGUGUGGGAGAAGAAGGUCUGGAUAUUGGAGAAGUGGAUCUGAUAGUGUGUUAUGAUUGUCCAAAAUCGCCCAUUCGACUAGUGCAGCGCAUGGGUCGCACAGGGAGGUUUAGGAAGGGACGAAUCAUUAUUCUGUUAUCAGAAGGCAAAGAAGAGCAGACAUACAAAACAUGUGAGUAUCAGAAGAAGAGCAUUAAUCAGGCCAUCAAGAAGGGGUUCUCAGGUGCCCAGCUGUAUCAAAACAACCCUUCUCUGGUUCCAAAUGGGGUGAAACCCGUCUGCGUGAAGAAGAAUGUGGAGAUUGAGGUGAAGAAGAUACCUACCAAGAAAAAACAAAACAAAGCAACUGCAUACCUGAAUGAAGAAGAAAAAACAGAGUAUGAUGCAUGCUUUAAGGUGCCUCAAAAUGAUCAACCACUACUGCCGUCAUCAGAAAUGGUCUCUUUAAAGCCCCAAAAACAGGUUUUACAGAGUGGUUCUUCUCUUCAUCAGCAAAAUAACUCGCAACUUUCAUUUUCUAAAUGGAUCCUAUGGCAAACAACUCCACAGAGGACUCAUUUCGUUUCACACUCAAGGCAGACGUCCACCCUUGUUGAAAUUAUGGAACUAAUUGAAACAAGUUCAGAAAAUAUUCCAAAGUUCGACUUGUCGCCCAAGAUGUUGGAUAAAUUGUAUCCCACAAGAAAAUGUGAAACAGGAGUAUACAAUGGUUCAAACUCGAAUAAUGUGCCUCUGUAUGACUAUGAAAACAUGUUACUUGAAGAAGACUCGGAUGUUAUUUGUCUAGGGUCUGAACAAAACUCUUUGCUUGAGCAAGAAGUCAUUCAAAGAACAUCUUUCUCUUUGAAUAGUGAGAAAUUCAGCCCCAAAGACAAUUUACUGAAAAGAUUAUUUGUGGACAUGAUUAACAGCACUGGCCAUGUAGAGAAAAAUAACCAAAUAUUGGAGAGUGAAGCACUUUCUGAAAGUCCAAAGUCAAAUGCUCCUAGUAGUUCUGAUGAUGAAAUAGCUCCCACUCCACCUAAAAAUAGUCAAAAGUUACAACGAAUCAUCAAAAGUGUCCCUAACUUUGACUGUAGGCAUCUUUUGAAGAGGUCGACAUCCGUAUCGGAAUGUUCUUCUAAAGAUGAAAAGCCUCAAAAAUCCGAAACUGAAGUUGGUCAUGGUUCUCUUCCUCAACUCCCUUCAGUCUUUGAAUGUAACAAUGAUGAAAAAUUUUCAAACAAUGAGCAGGAUAAGCUACCAGCAAUAAAAGAAGCAGAUCUGGGGGCAACACAAAAGUUAGAGUUUGAUAUCUCGUUUGACUUUUUCACCUCGCCUCUUCCUGCAGAGGCAGAUUGUCUUCAGGAGAACAUUUGUGAUAACACAAAAUCUGAAGUAUUUCCACAAACAUUUCAUAAAUCAGAAUUGCAGUGCCUUAAUGAGCCAAAUGUAAUGAGUCCAGAAAGUAAUGAUAAUACAACUAUUAGACCUGGUGUUGUUCAACAAGUAAGAAAAGAGGAAUCAUUGCGUGCUCUAUCCACAGAAGACAAUUCUCCAGAAGUUCCAAAUGCUUUUCCAGAGUCUGAUGCCGAAGAAUAUAAUUUGGACAAUUUACCUUCACAAAGCAUUUUGCAGUCUUCUACAAUAGGUAGUCCAGUCAAAAAUUGUUUCCCUAAAAGGAAUUUGUCUCGGGAAAAUAUUCUUGAUGACAGCUUAUUUAAAGUACCAGAGCCAAGAGCCUUUCUGGCCUCCUCAAGGGUUUGCAAGGAUUCUGUGUCGAGUGUAACUAAUAACAUUAAAGAAUUGGUGCCAGACAUUCCUUCUAGUUCUAAAAGAAGGUUCAUCGACAGCGAUGAUUCAGAUGAUGAUUUCCAGUUCGUGAAAAAGUUGAAAACAACCAGCUCAAAAAGUGAUGAUAGUCAUAGUGACAAGAAAGUCAAUUCAAAAAGUGCCAAAAGUAAAAAGAGGAAGAGGAAUAAGUUUCUUCUCACUCAGGCUGAUGUUUCGGAGCCAGACAGUUCUGAGGAAGAAUUCAGUGCAAAUGAAGACAUGUUAGAUGACAGUUUUAUAGAUGAUGGUACACUUUCCCAACAAAAUGAUACUGAUCAACAUGCUUUGUAUCUGAGGUCAAUAAAAGGUUUUGCUGGCUUGCCGCAAAAUUAUAAACUAAAAUUUCUUGAACCUCGAAAUGACAGUGGUGCUACAGAAACUAUUUAUGACGACUCCAACUAUGAGUUUGAUAGCUUUUGCGUUGGCGAUAAUGAUGUUGAAUAUCUUAGUUCUGAGAAUGACAAAACACCUGAAAGAAGAAAGACUGGUAUGAAAAGAUUUAAACGUAUUCGUACAAUGGACUCUAGCAGCUCAAAUGAUGAAACAUCUCCGAAGAAAAGUUUUAAACUUACCGGUGGUGAGGAACAGUGUUUUAAUGAUGAUAGUGUGACAAGUAAAAAUAUUUCAAACACAUUAAGAAGAUCAGCAAAAGGUGCAGAAAACCCUCAAGAAAAUUCUGUGAACAAAGCAAUGGAAAAAUGCAUUUACAGUGAAAAAUUUUCAUCAAAAUUAGCAAGGAAGGUGUUUCUGAAUAAAACUGCUGCGGUUGUCCCCAAUAAUACAGCGCCUCAGAAUGCAGCAGCUUCCAACAUGUUUCCUGAUUGUGAUAGGAGAAACAAAUUACAGGCAACAUCUUCUGAUUUUAAAAGUCUUCCUGAACAAGAUGAUAUUGAAAUAGUUUAUGAUUCCACAAAUAAUAAAAUUUCCAAACAUGAAGUUUCUCUAUUAUUUUCUUCUUUUCAAAAUGAAGACUGCCGAAAUAUUCAAAACAAUGUAACAUAUAAUGACAACCAUUCCAUUCCUCCAGAAUUUGCAGAUGAAGUAAUGUGUUUUGAUUUAGAAAAUUUAGAUGAGAAUUUAUCUGAAUUUGAAGGUAUUGAGAGUUUUGGCGCUGAAAAAAACAAUCAGGAAGAGCGAAAAUUUUCAAUGGAUAAGAUAAAUGUAAAUGAAGAUGUUCCCCAUAAAGAUUCAGAUGAAGUAAUGUGCUUUGAUUUGGAGAAUUUGUCUGAGUUUGAAGAUAUUGAGCACUUUGCCAUUGAGAAAAACAAACAAGGGAAAAGAGAAAUAUCAAAAAAUCAGAUCAACGUCAAAUCCAGCAAAAAAAAACUCUUCAGUGAAGAUGCUCGUCAUAAAGAUACUGAUGAAGUAAUGUGCUUUGAUUUAGAAAACUUUGAUGAGAAUAUAUUGGAUUUAAGAAAUAGUGAAAGUUUUGGUACUGAAAGAAAUCAACAAUUGGAAAAAGAAGCUCCUGUCAAAUUCACUGAAAAAGAGAAGUGUGGAGGUGUAGUUUAUAAACACGACAGUGAAGCAAACAAAAGAAACCCAAACUCUGCCCUUGAAAAUUGCAAUGAAGUUCCUUUUGACGAUGUGUGGAAUCAUCCAGCUAGUUUUUGCUUUGGAUUUGAUGAAGCUGCUGACAGUGCUGUGGCUUCGAAGAGUACCACUGAAAGUAAAAAUAAUCCCCGAAACAUUCCAAUUCUCGUUGAUUCUCGUGAACUCGCUUCCGGUAAACCAGUCAUUUCCCUCUUGAGGAAUAAAUUCGGAAUCAAUCCAGUGGUGAUGCACUUAACUUCCGCUGAUUACGUAAUCAGCAGCAGACUGGCCAUCGAAAGGGUUCUCGAUUCAGAAUUUUUGAAUCAGCAAAUGCCGCCAAGGAUCAUUGAGAAAAUUAAGAUCAUGCAAGAGAUGUACGAGAAAAUAACUGUCGUCAUCGAAAAAGAUAACCGCAAGCAGAGGUUGAGCUUCAGCAAGAAUGACACUAAAUACCUCAGCUUUUCUCUGAAUGUUUGUUGGCACGAGAACACAAACAUCUUGUGUUCCAUUUCACCUGAACACACCGCCCAGUUGCUGUUCAGCCUUGUCCAGAAAGAAAUGAAAAGGAAUCUCCACAUUAGCGUGCCGACUGUAAUAAACUCCCGUAAUCAAGACCUUUAUAACUUUUAUUCCAGUUUUCCUCUAGUCAGUCCCAUCUGUGCCUUCAACUUCAUGUACAAUUUUCCUGUUUUAAGAAUGUUUUUUGAGAGCUCUGCUCACGAAAUCAAGAAAGCUGGUUUGAUAUCAAGCAAAAGAGCUUUGAAAAUCUUUAAUUAUUUAAGGAGUGAGUACUUCCAUAUUGAUUCCUAAUUAUUGGUAUCAAAAAUGUGAAAUUCAAAUGAAACAAUCAAGAUAAUGCAUUAGAAAUGUGUCAAACACAAUACUUGUUUUUGAGUAAAUCGUUUUAGUUUGAGCAUUUGAUAACAGGAGAAAAUCUUGCCAAAUGCAAUAUUUAAGAACCAAAAACCUACUCUGCCAAAUUCUCAACAACAUUCAAACAUGACAAACCUUAGGGCAUUGGCCAUUUUUCAGUUUAGCAAAAUUUUCCAUUUUUUAUCUAAUGUCUCUCUGUUAAAACUGUA